GUGCUGGACUGGAGGGGGACCCAAGAGGCCAGAAAGGGGGCUGGGAUGGGUGCCCAGGCCAAAGCAUUGGGAUUUAAGCCAGACCCUGACUCCUCCUCCACAACGUGGCUUCUGCUCAGCUUCUCCUUCCUGCUGACCUCUGCAGCAGCCCAGGACAGUGACAAGGUGCGGGAAGACGAAGAGUGUGUGCCCCAUUCCCAGCUGUGGCAAGUGGCCCUCUUCGAGCGCAGCCGCUUCAACUGCGGGGCUUCCCUCAUCACCCCACACUGGGUGCUGACUGCUGCCCACUGCCAGACCCUCUUCAUGAAAGCGCGCCUGGGUGAGCACAACCUGUGCACGCGCGAUGGCCCCGAGCAGCUGCGGGUCGUUUCUCGCAUCAUCCCACAUCCACGCUACGAAGCGCACAGCCACCGCCAUGACAUCAUGCUGCUCCGCUUAGCUCGGCCCGCACGCCUGACCCCCCAGGUGCGACCCUUGGUUCUGCCCACACGUUGCCCCCACGCUGGUGAGCCCUGCGUGGUGUCCGGCUGGGGCCUGGUGUCAGACAAGCCAGGGACCACAGGAAGACCCGAGUCACAAGUGACUAUGCCCGACACCCUGCACUGUGCCAACAUCAGCGUUAUCUCCCAAGCAUCCUGUAACAAGGACUACCCAGGACACCUGAUGGACACCAUGGUGUGUGCCACAGUGGAGGGCGGAGGCACGGACUCCUGUGAGGGUGACUCUGGGGGACCCCUGGUCUGCGGAGGUGCCCUGCAGGGCAUCGUGUCCUGGGGCGAUGUCCCUUGUGACACUACCACUAAGCCUGGUGUCUACACCAAAGUAUGCCGCUACUUGAAGUGGAUCAAGGAGACCAUGAAGAGGACCUAGUGGACCCAACACCCAUGUCCCUGGGUGAUCGAAGUCCCCAUGGCUAGCCAGCAGCUCCAUCCUGACCUAAGGGAGAAGUGAGCCAUUCCCUAAGCUCCCCUCCGAAUCUCAGGUGUUGGCCAAGGCCUUGUGCCACCCACCUGAGGCCCGAGUUGGUGUUUGGGGUGAUCCAUUUAACAUUAAGAUAACAGCCCUGAUACAAGAUUCUCUGUAGGAGCUUCUGUGAUUUUUCUUGUGGCACUGGAGGGAAACAGGAGCCAGGGGCAGGGUGGGGACUAAGAGACAGGCUGGUCCCUUUCAUCCACUGCUUCAAUCCCCGAAAUGACCAAACGUGUGGCCUUGAAUAGGGGGCCUAACCUCACUCGUCCUAGGU